UUCAGCAGCAGGAGGUGACGUCAGCAAGCCGUUUUCCCCCUUGUUGACUCAAUAACAACAAGAAAGAAAGAAGGAAAGAAAGUGACCUGAGAGAAAUGCGCUAUCUUAUGCCACAUCGCUCAAUUUCAACACGACUGCAACAGCUCCAGUGUUGUAUAUGCGGUCUCUCGGUUCAUCGGUCUGUCGUACAAAUUUCUUCGUCUUCUGGCCAGUGAAGUUAAACGGAAAAUCUGUUUAAGUCGUUUGCGCGAAGGGUCUUAUGACUCUUCUUUGGAUUUCUACACGUAAACAUGUUUGUUUUUUGGAAAAGUAGCAGUAAUAUGAGUGAUCUGGUGAGUCCGGAGUAUCAGGGUUGCGUGGACGGAUCUCUGAUGAACGGAUUCAGUGUUUUUAUUCAGGGUCUGUUGGCUGUUCUGGCUUUCAGCACGUUAAUGUUGAAGAGGUUUCGUGAACCUGUCGGAGUAAGAAGAUCGUGGAGGAUCUGGUUCUUUGAUACGUCAAAGCAGGCCAUUGGAGCUCUUUGCAUGCAUUUUGCCAAUAUUUUCUUGUCCACACUCACCAAUGAAGAUCCCUGUUCUCUAUAUCUGUUGAACUUCCUGUUGGAUGCCACAUUGGGAAUGCUGGUGAUCUGGGUGGGGGUGAAGGUUGUUUCCAAGAUAGUGGAACACAAGCAGCUAACACUGCUGAUGUUUGGAGAAUAUGGUGAUCCUCCUCGGAUAGCGGCCUGGUUGGCUCAGUGCUCAGUGUAUUUACUCCUUGUUGCUCUGGAGAAAAGUGUGGUCACUCUGGUGCUGCUCAUUCCCGGGUGGACCAAUCUGGAGGAGGUGGUGCUGGACUACAUCCCAAACCCACAGCUGGAGUUGGCCAUUGUCAUGCUGAUCGUGCCUUUCAUUGUCAACUCUAUAAUGUUCUGGGUGGUGGACAGCUUAACAAUGCGGAAAUAUAAGAAAAGGACGUCUCUGGAGGGCUCACGUGACUGUCCUAAGCAAGUAGAGGUGUUGCCAAAUGAGAGCAAUGACGAAGCUGAGGUGCUGCUAAAGGAAGAUGAAGAUGAUGCUACAGUGUGUUCUGAACGGGAAGAGCACGUCUCAACAGAAGAGGCGUUAAUACAAGUCUGAAUGGAAGUUUAGAACACACUCGUUUAGAAGUAUACUUUCUUAAACGCUAGAUCUCUGUUCCUAAACCUAGUGAGCGGCCUUGUUGUUUACUUCCUGCAUAGGCAGAUACCUUCCAAAUGGAAACUCAUAAGUGACUGAUUUGGAAUACUCUAAUUAAGUAUAAACUCUGCAACACACACGUUAUCUUCACACUGGAGACUGGACUCGGUUGAUACCAAGAGAGUGUGACGUUAGCAUUUGCUAAGCUAUCAACACAAUGCUCAAUACUUGACACGAUACUAUGUAAAAGUGUCCAUUUUUAGAUUGAUAGAUACUUUUUAGUAUUGAAUGAAAUUGAACUUUAAGUGUAUUUAUUUAUCAUCAACAUUUCAUUUAUGUAAUUUGUAUGCUAGUGUGGUUUGGAACAGCCUUCUUGUUGGGAGAGUGCCAAUGAUGCUUAAAAUAGAGCUUUUCGUGGGAGUACACUUUAGAGAGUAGACUUACAAUUGAUUUCAAUUGAGGGGUGUUUACACAGCACCAUUCUCAACUAAAAUCUGAAAACUUUUUUAUGCAUUUUUACCACUUAUGUACACCACAACAGCAUUUUGGGGGGUCUGAAACCACAAACUUUUCAAAAUGUGUUUCAAAGUGCAAUUU